GACAGACAGACAGACAGACAGACAGACAGACAGACAGACAGACAUUCAAUUGACUGCUACUGUGCUAAAUUCAGGAUUGUCAUCUGCAUGAAUAUGACUUCUCCACGGACUGACGGAUUUGGAUUCUCUCUCAAUAGCAACAGAGCGUCGGGACCCAGCUGGGGAGUGUUUUGUCGAGCUCUGCUCUGCUGGCGAGUUGCAGAGCACAGGGAGGUAGAGAAGGAAUAAAAAACCUUGCAUACACUUCAGCCGUGUUACUGUUGGAUUGUAUAUCCUUUUAGAUUAGCAGCAGAUCAGAUCGACAGGCAUUCCCACUUAAUAAACCUUGCUGUCUGUCUCUCCGAAAUUUGCAACAUUGUGACAAAUGGAGGGAUGUAACAAUUUCCCUCUUCACUUGAUCUGCCUGAGACUGACUUACCCCGGCGUGUAUCCUUUUGUUUCAGAGACCCAGGCGUCCUCCUCAGUCAAUCCCCCAAGAUCGACUGUGGGUUAACCCGGCGGACAGAGCCCCCUCCCCCUGUCUGUGCCCCCAGUUUCUCUCUAUUCCUGCUUCGUUAUAGUUUCUAUUUACCUUUGCCAGACCACCCUAAUCUUUCUGCUAAGGUCUCUUUCAUUCUCCCUCUAUCUAGCUCGCUCACUCUCUUUCGCUCUCUCCCUCCCACUUCUUGCCAUCUCCCUCCCCUAGCUUCUUCAAAGCCAGCAGUGCUCUAUUCUAUCCAGGAUGCUUGCUACAUGAUAUCUCGGAACACAGCGUUCGACGCUGCUCUCUCGCUGCCUGAUGCCGGAGCUGUCUCAGAUUUUAAUCUCAAGAACGGCAGGAUGCUCCUGCACAGGGAUUGAUCCCCCCCUUUUCCCUCUCGUUCUCCCCUUCCCCUCCCCUUUCCUAAUCUCCCGCCCUCUGACCCUCACCCCAGCUUCUCUUUCCCGACACCUCUGCCCAUUCUUUCUCACCCCAAGCCUCCUCUGCCCCUCUCUGCUCUUACCCCCUUGACCAUGUUGCCAUGUGUCUGCUGGCUCCAGCCUCUCCUCGUCUUGCUGUCCUCUGUCUUACGGGCUCAGGGGGAAAACUGUCCAGCAAGCUGCCUGUGCCCGGACCCCCACACUGUGGACUGCAGCGGCCGUGGACUCACCCGUCUUCCUGAUGAAAUCCCCUUGGACGUCCGCAGGCUCCUUCUGUCUGACAACUGUAUCCCCCGCAUUCCCUCUGACUUCCUAGUGCUCUACAGUGACCUGGUCUACCUGGACUUACGGAACAACUCUUUGUCCCACAUCGAGCCGGGCACCCUCAGCACCUCUUCCAGACUGGUGUUUCUGGACUUGGGCAGCAACAACCUGACUGAGAUCCCCUCGGGGACCUUUGGGCAGUCCCGUAGCCUGAUCAAACUCCGCCUGGGCAAUAACCCCUAUCUGAGCAGGGUCAACGAGGAUGCAUUCCUGGGCCUCACCUCCCUGCGUGAACUGGAGCUGGAGCGUAACGCCCUGUCUAGCCUUCAGGUGGGGGCGCUGAGCCAGUUGCCCUCUUUACGGGUGGUGAGACUGGAGGGCAACCCUUGGGUGUGCAACUGCAACUUUGCCAACCUGUUUGGAUGGCUGGAGGAAAACAGUCAAAAGCUUCCAAAUGGAGUGGAGGGCAUGGAGUGUACAUUACCCAUGGACGGCAGACGGGUGUCCCUGAGCCAGCUAUCACAGGACAGCUUCCGGGAGUGUCAGAUCACCCUUACCUUAACAGACUUACUCAUCAUCAUAUUUUCUGGCAUCUCUGUGUCCGUAGUGGCCAUCAUGACCAGCUUCUUCCUGGCCUCCAUUGUCCACUGUUUCCAGCGCACAAGCAAAACCACUAAGGGAGAUGAGGAGGAGAGUGAGGAGUGAGACUGACUGUGUCCCAGAGCACGCAUGAACUGACACUUCAUCUGGCCUGACCGUGAGACCAGGCUGCUGCCCAACAUGCUGCUCAACCUGCCGCCUCACACAGGUGGAGAACUGGUAGAGGAAUAGAGGGAUUGAGUGACACAUUUUGCAUUGGUUUGUGGGGUUUUCCAAAAGCCCUGAUACUGCAGAUGCUGUUCUCUCUGCAUGUGUGGAAAAUAUAUAAACAUGUCCCAAUGAGUUAUAGUCACAGAUAGAAUAGAUCAUUCUCUAUGUCUAUGGUGGUGACAGUGUGCUGUGGUUGCUCUUUAAAAGCAUACUGAAUAGCUCUUUAAUGCACACAAAUUCACUGGUGGUUGAUGAUUCGAUAGGAACACCAAGAUGUAGAAUAAAUAAUACGUUUAUAAAGAGUUGCAUACUUUGCAGUUAGCUUUUCAGUGCCCAGCCUAGAUCCAAACAAAGACUUAUCCAAACAAAGACAUUAUUAGACAUAACACAAAAGCAAGUAAUACAGAUUUUCAGAAACUAUUUUCAUUUGAUUUGACAUUUUUACAUCUUACAGACGUUCAUACAGAGUCAUUAAACUGUGAUUUAUUUUGAAAUGAAGUAGCUAUAAGUAGCCGCAGGCUCUUAGCCAAUACUAAAUACUCAUUUUGGGCUCUAAGUGAAAAUGUUUGUUGAAGGAUACAGUACGUCUCAUAUUGAACCAGGGCCUUAGAUUGCCAUUGUAAUCCUUGGGCGGGUCACCUAAGCGUUGUUUUGGGCCAAAACAGAUUGAAAAACACUUUCAGUGUAAAUUUAAAUGACUAAAACCAGAUAUAAAGUAUGCACAAAAGAUAACAAAGCUAUAUAUAUAUAUAUGUUUUAAAUAUACACUUUGAGAACUAACAAUCACCAAAAGCUAGGCAGUCAGGGAGAAUUGAACACUUCAAAAACAAUGCAUUUAGCCGUGUCGAUUUUGUUAUUAUGUUCGAGCAUUAGAACACAGCAUUAGCCAAGGCGAAAUCGAUAGAAUUGCAGGGAAUUCGCUUUAAAUCUGCUAAGAUUUCUCUCAGCUCAAGGGAUUUUUAUUUGAAUUGCAGUAAAUUGGCUUAAAAAUGCUCAAAUGUCUGUACACCAUCAAGAUGGGGGCCGCUAAAAUGUUCAGCCACACCGACGAGCCGACCGCACCCAAUGCCACUCCCCGAGCUACGUCCAGUAUAAUGGAAUGUCCUGCCUUCUCAUGGAGUUCAAUAUGUUUUAUUUUGGGACUGCCCCACAGGUUAACUAGCGUUCUGCAAAAAUAGUUUUGCUGUUGCAGAAUGCAAUAUUGAUUAAGGGCAGCAGGAGGGUUAAAAGGAGUGUUCUGUGAUGGAACAUAUAAUUCAUCUGACAUAUGCAGGUAGUCUCCGAGGUCUACGGAUGGUUUUAUAUCCAGUAUAUAUCCACAGAUGUAUGUAUCAAUGGAAAUAUUGUUACGGUUUUCUUCCGUCGAAGGAGAGUCUGACCAAAAUGCAGCGUGGUAAUUUCCAUACAUGUUUAUUGAACGACAAAAACACGAACAAUACAAAAUCAAACAAACGGAACGUGAAAACCUAUACAGCCUAUCUGGUGACUACAAACACAGAGACAGGAACAAUCACCCACGAAAUACUCAAAGAAUAUGGCUGCCUAAAUAUGGUUCCCAAUCAGAGACAACGAUAAUCACCUGACUCUGAUUGAGAACCGCCUCAGGCAGCCAUAGACUAUACUAGACACCCCCAAGAUGAAACACACCACAAAAACCCAUGUCACACCCUAGGCUGACCAAAUAAAUGGAGAUAAACACAAUAUAUUUCGACCAGGGCGUGACAGAACCCCCCCCCUAAGGUGCAGACUUCCGGACGCACAUCAAAACAAUAGGGAGGGGAAGCUCGGCACUGAGGGGAAGCUCAGCACUGAGGGGAAGCUCAGCACUGAGGGGAAGCCCAGCACUGUGAGGAAGCCCAGCACUGAGAGGAAGCUUAGCACUGAGAGGAAGCCCAGCACUGAGAGGAAGCCCAGCACCGAGAGGAAGCUCAGGCAGGUAGUUGGAUCCGGCAGAUCCUGGCUGGCUGGCGGGUCUGGAAGUGUCUGGUUGACUGGCGGAUCUGGAAGAGUCUGGUUGACUGGCAGAUCUGGAAGAGUCUGGCUGACUGGCAGAUCUGGAAGAGUCUGGCUGACUGGCAGAUCUGGAAGAGUCUGGCUGACUGGCAGAUCUGGAAGAGUCUGGCAGAUCUGAAAGAGUCUGGCUGACUGGCGGAUCCUGGCAGACUGACGGAUCUGGCUGCUCCAUGCAGACUGGCAGCUCUGGCUGCUCCAUACAGACUGGCAGCUCUGGCUGCUCCAUGCAGACUGGCAGCUCUGGCUGCUCCAUGCAGACUGGCAGCUCUGGCUGCUCCAUGCAGACUGGCAGCUCUGGCUGCUCCAUGCCGACUGGCAGCUCCAUGCAGACUGGCAGCUCUGGCUGCUCUAUGCCGACUGGCAGCUCCAUGCAGACUGGCAGCUCUGGCUGCUCUAUGCAGACUGGCAGCUCUGAACAGGCAGGAGACUCCGGCAGCGCAGGAGAGGAGGAAGGCUCUGGCUGCGCUAAACAGGCGGGAGACUCCAGCAGCGCUGUAGAGGAGGAAGGCUCUGGUUGCGCUGAACAGGCGGGAGACUCCGGCAGCGCAGGAGAGGAGAAAGGCUCUGACAGCGCUGAACAGGCGGGAGGCUCCGGCAGCGCAGGAGAGGAGGAAGGCUCUGGCUGCGCUAAACAGGCGGGAGACUCCGGCAGCGCUAAACAGGCGGGGAGACUCCGACAGCACUGGAGAGGAGAAAGGCUCUGGCAGCGCUGAACAGGCGAGGCGCACUGAAGGCCUGGUGCGUGGUGCUGGCACUGGUGGUACUGGGCCGAGGACACGCACAGGAAGCCUGGUGCGGGGAGCUGCCACCGGAGGACUGGUGUGUGAAGGUGGCACAGGAUGGACCGGACCGUGAAGGCGUACUGGAGAGCCUGAGAGCAGGACUGGCACAGGACGUGCAAGGCUAGGUAGGUACACAGGAGGCCUAGUGCGUGAGGCUGGCACAAUUUUCACCAGCCGACUAACACGCACCUCAGGACGAGUAUGGAGCGCUGACCCAGGUGCCAUUAAAUCCCCGACACGCUCCGUCGGGCGAAUAUCGUACUUAAAGCACCAAACUAGCAACUCCCUCAUAGCUCUCUCCUCCACUUUCCCCAUUAACUCCUUCAGAGUCUCUGCUUCACUCACCUCCAACACUGGCUCUGGUUCUGGUCUCCUCCUUGGCUCCUCACGAUUAACAGGGGGAGUUGGCUCAGGUCUUAACCCUGACUCUGCCACACUCUCCCUGAGCCCCCCCCCCCAAUAAAUUUAUGGGGCUGACUCUCGGGCUUCCAUCCGCGUCGCCGUGCUGCCUCUUCAUACCAGCGCCUCUCCGCUUUCCCCGCCUCCAGUUCUUCUUUGGGGCGGCAGUAUUCUCCAGGCUGUGCCCAGGGUCCUUUUCCAUCCAAUAUCUCCUCCCAAGUCCAGAAGUCCUUUGAUAGCUGCUCCUCACGAUAAACAGGGGGAGUUGGCUCAGGUCUGAACCCUGACUCUGCCACACUCUCCCUGAGCCCCCCAAGACAUUUUUGGGGCUGACUCUCGGGCUUCCUUCUGCGCCGCCGUGCUUUUCUCUUCAACUCCAUUCUCCUAUAGCCUUCCUCGCACUGCUCCAGCGAAUCCCAGGCGGGCUCCGGCACUCUCUCUGGGUCAACCGCCCACCUGUCUAUUUCCUCCCAAGUCGUAUACUCUAAACUUUGCUCCUGCUGCCGCUGCCUGUCACCACGCUGCUUGGUCCUGGUGUGGUGGGUGAUUCUGUUACGGUUUUCUUCCGUCGAAGGAGAGUCGGACCAAAAUGCAGCGUGGUAAUUUCCAUACAUGUUUAUUGAACGACAAAAACUCGAACAAUACAAAAACAACAAACGGAACGUGAAAACCUAUACAGCCUAUCUGGUGACUACUGUAACGGCGUUCUUCAUUUGUCGAAAGAGAGUUGGACCGAAAUGCAGCGUGGUUGUUACUCAUGUUCUUUAAUGAAUGAAGCGCGAUACAUGAAAUAACUUAUACAAAUACAAAACAACAAACGGAAUGUGAAAACUAAUUACAGCCUAUCUGGUGAACACUACACAGAGACAGGAACAAUCACCCACGAAAUACACAGUGAACCCCGGCUACCUAAAUACGGUUCCCAAUCAGAGACAACGAGAAUCACCUGACUCUGAUUGAGAACCGCCUCAGGCAGCCAAGCCUAUGCAACACCCCUACUAAUAACACCCCUACUAACAUCCCAAUAACUACAAAACCCCAAUACGAAAUACCACAAAAUAAACCCAUGUCACACCCUGGCCUGACCAAAUAUAUAACGAAACACAAAAGGCGUGACAACUACAAACACAGAGAUAGGAACAAUCACCCACGAAAUACUCAAAGAAUAUGGCUGCCUAAAUAUGGUUCCUAAUCAGAGACAACGAUAAUCACCUGACUCUGAUUGAGAACCGCCUCAGGCAGCCAUAGACUAUACUAGACACCCCCAAGACGAAACACACCACAAAAACCCAUGUCACACCCAAGCCUGACCAAAUAAAUGAAGAUAAACACAAUAUAUUUCGACCAGGGCGUGACAAAUAUAGUAAACACAAUUUUAGAAAAAGAUUUACAUCUUCCAGAUGAUACAUGUUCCCUAGAUUGAGAAUUGUGAAUUGUGUAAAAUGCCAUACAUAUAACCUAAUAAACAAUGAUAAUUAUAGAUGUAGAACCAAAAUAGAAUUGAUGUGUCAAAUACUACACUUUAAAUGGUGACCGUUGUAUCUGAGUUUGGCCCCAAAUUCCACUGAGUGGACUAGUGUUGCCUAUAUCUGCCAAAGAUUAGGUUUAGAGGAAAUGGGCAUUAGGGACUUCCAUGUGGAUUAUGUAGUGUACAGUGUUGUAGAGUUGGUCCUUAAUAAAAAGGAAUCCAGAGUAUAGCCAAAUAACAUUGAAUUGAUGUAACUGUAAAAUCACUUAUGGUCUUCAUGCAGAUUGCAAUUAGCUUUAAACCUUGAUUAGCUUGCUUAGUCAAAUGUAUCGUUUAAGCUAGUUGGUUUCCUCUCACAUGGCAAGAACAAAAUACAUUUAAAGCUAUGGUUAAAAAAACGGUAUAUUCACGAGAGGAUGUAAAACUGCAAAAUGCAAAAAGCCGAGCAAAGAAUAACAUCCACAGUGGAAAUUAAAAAAGAGAGAACAUUUAUGAAUGUCAAAUAAUUUUGGGGAGGAAUUACAUUAUGAACAGGGCAAAAUAUAAUGUGCAGCGUUUUCGAGUGAUGUGUUUCGCAGUGGGGAAAAGAAUAAGACAAAUGUGGCCUUACAUGUCUUGGAAUCAAUGUACACCAUACAGUUGAUGCACAGAGAUGUCAUAUAAAAGGGAGACUUCAGAGCUCUCAGAUACUAUCCUUGGUUGCUCGUUAUGUUCUGUAUAUUGUUUAGUGUUGGAUUUCAUCCAACAUUUUCAAUGGGAUAGUUUGAGCAAUAAAUGAACCACAAACUACUUUUCAUGGAAUAUUAUAGUUUAUAUUACAGCCUACAGAUGAUAGUUUCUCAUACCCUGAAUAUGAUGUUAUCUAUCAUCAGUGUUGGAUGCAUAUCAAACACUGGUUGUCAAUGACUACAGAGGAGACCAAGUUCAUAGAUUUUCUUGGCAACACUGCAUAGGAUGAACAGCUACAUGAAUAGCUUAUUAUUGUUUGAGAAAUGAUUAAAUGGUUCAGUUAACCUUUCAUAUGACCAUCAUACAGUAUGUGUAGCAUAACAUUGAGACAUAUAACCAUAAUGAAGACACUGAGAUAAAUACACGUCUGUUUAUGCAGUUUCCUGUGAACAUAGCAUUGAGUAUGAAGUAACAAUAAUAGCAAUCUAUGAAUUGUCAAGCAUGUGUCAUUCACAAUAUUCAGUAUAAAGGAAAUUAAUUAUCCUGACUAAUCAUCCAUCACAGUGGGUAAUGUGACAGGUAUUGGUUUUUACCAUGAAUAAGCAACCGUGUGCAAUAACAAAUAUGUUUUACAUGAAUCGUUAGCAUAAUGGAAGUUCAGUUCCUAAAAGACACAGAAAUACAAGUAAGUACAGAAGAUAACUUCUAACUACUAUGUAGUUACAGUGAAAUUAUAUGACAAAUGUUUUAGUUCGCUUGGAGCAAUUUUCAGCAUGCCGUUUCUUUAAUUAAUUUGAUCAUUUGUAAGUUAUUAAUUCAUUUAUCGUUAGAUACGAACAAAGCAUGUAACCCUAGGUUUUAUUUCUGCUUUCCAGAUUCAUAUGUAUAUUUUUCUAUUAAAGUCUAUGGGAUGCAA